UCUUCGAGACUGUCGACGGUUGUCGUUGAAACAGAAGUGCAAUAAAUCCACUUGUUGGAAAGAAAAGUGAAUCGCAGCAGUGAGUGAGUGACGGUCAAUUUUCAUUUCGGUGUCAUUUACAAACCGGACAGCAGAAGCUGAAGGUCUCAUUUCGUUUUUCUUUAUUUUCCGACUUUCCAUUUUUUUUUCGUAUUUAUUUCUAAACAAACACUCAGUAUAAUGAAGUGUUCCUAUCGAUAAACUAAAUGGUAUACGCGAUAUUUUUACUGUUAUAUUCAAUGUAUAUAAGCAUUGAUAAAGUAUCUUCAUGCCUUUCAAACCAAGGCACCUGUUCAGUCGCCACUUAUCGCUAUAAUCCUGCAUGUCGAUCUCAAUUGGAUAGUGGCUCAAGUAGUUAUCAUGGUUCUUAUAAUGGCUUUCUCGGGGCUCAUGUUCGUGCAAGAGCAUACUCAGAACGCGGAAGCUUAUCCGACUAUGCUCGGAAAGAUGCCGAACUGCAUUGUCUCUCGGCACUAAACUGUACUUGGCAAAACACAGUUGAAGACGAUUUAGACUGGGUAUUAGGAGAAGGGUAUGUAGAUCCUACGAAACUUGCACUCAUCACCGGAUCUCAGUCCCUUCCUGGUAGUUUUGAUCAAAGUUUCCUGAUAUUAGCUUCCGACCCACGCCCGUCCCAUCAAAAUGGGCAAUUAGUGUCGUUGGCAAUUGGUUGUCAGCAAUCUACGGGAAUAUUGAGUUUUCGUUUCUGGAGAAGUAGAGCAAGAACACUCGGAAGUGAACCAAAGCUCGACAUAUGUACACGAAAAGUUUUGGAGGUCAAUUUGGAGAACUGUAUGACAGUUGUUCCAACAGACAACCACACAAUAAUUGCAAGUAUUCCUCCAGUAAUGGAACCUUUUGUGAUUGUUUUGAAAGGUUAUAAUUUUGAAAAUGAACCGGAAGGAGGCCUGAUCCUCUUAGACGAAAUUGAGUACUUUGCGGAACUUGAUCAACCGGAAAGUUGUGUUGCCAAGAAUUUGGAGGGCAUGGAUUUAGAGUCAUUCCACAAAACAGAAGGAGCAGAUGAAAAAUCUCGACACGAAGGAAAUACAAAAUCAAUAACCGAUGAUGAACAUGUCAUUUCCGGAGACACACCGGAUUUCCGAGCGGAAUCCCACCUGUUAUCUCGAGAAGUUAAACAGCAAGCAGCUCCGACGCUUGUCAACGCAUCGAGUUCAUUAAAUGAGCUUAUUCUUCUAGAUAAAAGCGCAGAAAAUGAUUGCCAAUCCCUACAAUGCUUGAUGGAUCAACAAAAUGCACCAUGUGAUUACAAACGUUCUGGGACUGGAGCAUCUGGUGAAGGAUACUUAGUUGGUUGGAGAAUCACAUCUGCUAAAAAGAAUGUGGCAAAUAAGCUAUCGGGUAUACAUGCGUCUCCCGAACCGUCCAAAGAUUCUUCAUUCUUGGUAGCUAAUUUUAUGGGAUUCAGUCGAACGAAGAGCGAAGAUCGGUUUGUCUUGGAAGCGCCGGAGUUCACAAUUAGUGACGCACCGGGCGCCUACCUAAGCUUCCGCAAAUUUCUCUCAACAAAAGGAUUGUACCUCUCCGUUUGUGAAGAUGGCUAUGCAACUAGGUGCUUCUGGAAUGUAUAUGAAAACAGUAUUAGGCCGUUUGCAAGAGAGUGGACAAAGGAAGUGGUACUGUUACCGGGACAAUUAACUACCUUCUACAUCGUGGCAUGGCAAAAUACCUCAACAGUGAUGAAUGUUGGACAAGUUGGAAUAACUGAAAUCGGGCUCUUCUCUGACUCACAAGCAAUAACUCCCUUGUGCUAAAAUUAAAAAAAAAAAACUUCUCACCGAUUAAUGAUUCAAUAGUUUUUUUUUCUCAGAGUAAUAAUUGCGUAACAGAUUGAAGUACCUCUAUUAAAAUAUCAUUUUCUAACUUUUCCUCUCUUAUUCCUAUUUUCCCAUUCAACUAAACUAUAAUUCAUUAAUAUCAGAUUCGGAAUCUCAUUGAGCUCUUUCUUUUAUGGCGAUUCAGGUCAUGGCGUCUUGAAUGUUUGCUUUUUACUUUCUUUUUUUCUCACUCCUCAUUUUCUUCUUCCCAUGAUUAUUUUGCAUUUUUUGCCGUUUUAUUUCUUACCAUGAUAUUAAUAAUUUUAAUAAUGUUUUUUUUAACCUUCUUUUAUAAAAAUUGUUGUUUUUCCGUUGUCGCGAAUAAACUGACUGUAUAUGA